AAAUUAGGAGUGGACUAUUAGGCUAUUAUUAUUAUUAUAUUAUUUCUUGAUCUUUUCAGAAAAAAAACCCAGAGGAUGAGAUCCCGGUCGAAUCGGGCUGCUCGGGUCAAGAGAAAUUCGGACCUCAUUCCACUUUGCCAAGCUGCGGUCAACGUAGAGGCCAUCCAGCUAGCAUUGACAGUCAGUGGAGUGCUGGUGCAAGUUCCUCAGUUUCCAGAAACCGAACUGUACCAGUGGUUUGUUAAGGAAACCUGUUUGGAAAAUAUUUCGUCUGUCCUGGAAGGAGUCAGCUGCAACAGGACCAGUCGGAGUGAGAAGGCCAUCGUGAUGAAUCUGGAUGCCCUAGCGGGUGGCUCACCCCUCUUCGAAGGCCUUAUCGUGGUGGAGAGCUGUUCGGCUUUCGUUUCUGCAACAGCGGCAGUGGCAGGGGCAGAGGCGGCACGAGUGGUAGAUGAAAGUCCUUCCGAAGAGACGCCCGCCGAACCACCAGCAGAGACACCCGAACCACCAGCAGAGACACCCUCCCCACCACCGGCAGAAAUGCCAACUGAAGGCCCUUCGGAAGAGCCGACACCCACUUAAGCACUAACUCCUCCAGGACCCGUUUCACAAAGCCUUUUUUCAAUGACAAAUGACAAAAAUCAGUGACAAAUCUGCUGAUA